AUGGAUGUCUCGAGUCCCAGAACUGAAGCCCUGUCAAUGGAGCCCAGUGCCAAGCUGUUUUGCUGUGGUUUCGUGAGGCGUUGCAUCCCUCUGGUGUAUAGAGAAGAGCUAUACCACAUCCUGCGCAUGACUGGACCCCUGCUUGUGUGCCGGUUCCUGAAUUUCCUCCUUUUCUUUGUGGUGACAAUGUUCUGUGGCCGCCUGGGGAACACUGUGUUAGCAGGCUACGCCAUGGCCUCAGCUACAAUAAAUGUAACAGCUGCAGCGACGGGGUUGGGACUUGCUUUGGCAUGCGACACUUUGGUAUCACAGACAUUCGGGAGUAAGAACCUUCUCCGUGUAGGUGUCAUCCUGCAGAGAGGCAUCCUAAUUCUGACGCUCUUCAGUUUGCCUUGCUGGGCUUUGCUUGUGAACACCCAGCCUCUACUUCUCUAUCUGGGGCAGGACCCUGAAGUGGCCAGGAUUGCACAGCUCUAUGUGGUUGCAUUUUUGCCAGCAAUUCCGCCCACCUUGUUGGCAGAGGCUAUUUACACUAGUUCCACCCACCAAUGUCUGGUUGACAUAGACAACAUUACUAAAGAUGCAAGUUAUGCCACAAGAAUGCUGAGUGAGGUGGACCUGGCUGCUCAACACGUGGUUAUAAUGCUGGCGUACAUCAACUACAAGAUCCCAUUAGGAAUGCAAGGUGCAGCGUGUGUUCGUGUGGGAAACGCACUUGGCGCUGGGGAAACAGCUGCUGCCAUCCUCACCAGCAAGGUGUCUCUCAUCAGUGCAGCUGUUAUAGCAAUCUUUCAAGGUUUUAUCCUGGGCUCCACAAAAACAGUCAUUGGCUACAUAUUCACUUCCGAUGAGGCUAUAGCAGAACUUGUGUCUCAGCUACUGAACAUCUACUGCCCUCUUCAGUUCUUUAAUGGAAUAUUGAGUGUUGGCAUGGGCAUUCUGCUUGGCACAGGGCAGCAGAAGAUAGCCGCUAUUGCUAACCUCUUUGGCUACUACUGCAUUGGCCUCCCAACAGGCAUUGUUCUAAUGUUCACGGCCAAGUUACAAGUUGCUGGCUUUUGGCUAGGCCUCCUCAUUGCAGUCUUUUUGCUAGCAAUUUUUUUCGUUGUGGCUAUUUUCAAAUUAAACUGGAAGAAAAUGACAGAAGAGGCAAUUGAGCGUACAGGAAAGAGUGCAAAUGGAGCAGCAAAUGGAGCAAUGACCCCGAACCAUCGCAACAGCAUCUACCAGGUGGUCCUGAAUGCAGAGAAUGGGAAUGGAUAUGUGGUUGUGGGCUCUCACGAUCAGGAUGAGGGGCUCAACCAUACUGUGGUACACGAGGGGCCAAACGUGACUCACAUGGAUGAAAAGCCUGCAGUUCUGCUCUCUACCGCUCAGCUGAUCCUCAGGAGGGGUCUGACCACCCUCGCUGCUCUUCUCAUCCUAGCUGUAGGGAUAGCCGUCCAUCUCACUGUACCUUUACCUAACGUAUCUUAUGGUGCUGGUGCAAAUUUUACUUCAGACUCAAACUUUACGACAGCCACUCCCAUCUAG